AUGGACGUGGACUGCAAGAGGUGCCGGUGCCACGGCGAGGACAAUCAAACCGCCAUCCUCUACACGCUCUUGAGCCAGAACCUGCACAGCAGCCCGGCCCACCAGCGCUGCCUGUGCCACCAGCGCCGCACCGUCUGCCUCCGCGACCCCCACGUCACCUGCCAGGCGGCUUCCAAUGUGCUGGUCAAAACCGUCAGCUUCAUGAAAAACCUCCCGUGUUUCCGCCUGCUGCCGCGAGAGGAUCAGCUCCUGCUGCUGGAGAGCUGCUGGGUUCCCCUGUUCCUCCUGGGGCUGGUCCAGGAGAUGGUAACCUUCGAGGUGAUGGAGACCCCGGCUCCCAGCAUGCUCAAAAAAAUCCUCCUUGAUGGCCAAAGCAAAUGGCAGGAACCGGAGUGGAUGCAGCCCACGCUGGCAGCUGUGCAGCGGCUCCAGUGCUGCCUCAACAGCUUCUGGAGCCUGGAUCUGAGCCCCAAGGAAUACGCGUACCUGAAGGGAGCCGUUCUCUUCAACCCCGACGUCCCUGGGCUCAGGGCCUCCCUGCACAUCGAGAGCCUCCAGCGGGAAGCCCAGCGAGCGCUUCAGGAGCUCCUGCAGCCCCUGCACCCCCACGACCGCGGCCGCUUCGCCCGCAUUUUGCUCAUCUCCUCCACCUUAAAAUCCAUCUCUCCCGCUCUCAUCACGGAUCUCUUCUUCCGCCCCGUUAUCGGCAACGCGGACAUUGUCGAGCUCAUCGCGGAAAUGCUGUACGAAAUCACCGGCCGGCCGCUGGCUCCCAGCGCACACUGA